AUGGCAGGCAUCACUCAAGACAUCAGCAGCGUAUUGAUCGACCACCUUUCACGCACCAACUUGCAUGAUGUGCUCCGCACCCUUCCUACUGCUGUGGACGCGCCGUUCAACGCAUACCAGCGACAACACGACCCGACCUGCCUCCCUAAUACCCGCGUCGACCUUCUUCGAGACAUAUAUAGCUGGGCUGAUGGACAAAACGAGCGAUGUAUCUUCUGGCUACACGGCUUGGCUGGUACGGGGAAGUCGACAAUUGCGCGCACCGUGGCCCGUAGAUGCCUCGACCAGAAGCGUCUCGGAGCCAGCUUCUUCUUCUCGCGAGGCGGUGGAGAUGUAGGCCAUGCAGGCACAUUCGUCACGAGCAUUGCGUUGCAGCUGGCGAGCAACGUGCCCUCUCUCGAUCAGUACCUUUGCGAUGCAAUCAAAGAGCGGCGCGAUAUCGCGAGCCAGUCUCUCCGCGAUCAGUGGCAGCAUCUCGUCGUACAUCCGCUGUCAAAGCUGAGCGGGAGCGGUGGUGGCCAGUUCCCAUACAUUCUCGUGGUUGAUGCGCUCGAUGAGUGCGACAAUGACAAGGUCAUUCGCAUCAUCGUUCACCUUUUGGCGGAUGCUCGAUCGCUCAAGACAGCGCAUUUACAGGUCCUUCUGACGAGCCGACCUGACCUUCCAAUCCGAAACGGAUUUGGUGAAGUGCCAGACGGUGAACACCGGGACUUUGUACUCCACAACAUAUCGCCGCCGAUCGUAGACCACGAUAUCUCUCUUUUCCUGCAGCACAACUUCAAGCUCAUCAGAGAGGAACAAUCUCUAAAUAUCGACUGGCCCGGCGCAGAUAUCAUCAAAGAAUUGGUUCAGAUCGCCGGAAGUUUGUUCAUUUGGGCAGCAACAGCAUACGAGAGAGUGCAAACUUUGCUGGAAGGCAGCACAUAUACUACUGCGCCAGAAGAGCACCUGAACGAGCUCUAUAAUACCGUCCUCAGAAGGUCUGUUCAUCCACGUUACUCAGCAAUAGAGAAGAAGGAACUAUACAGCAUGCUACGGCACAUUCUUGGGAGUAUUGUUGUUCUCUUCUCCCCGCUCUCUGCUAGCUCGCUUCACAGGUUGCUUGAUGUUAAUAAACACAAGAUUAACCAGGUGUUAAAAGAUCUUCAUGCCAUUCUAGAUAUCCCAGAGGCCGAUGCUCACCCACUUCGUCUGCAUCAUCCUUCAUUUCGCGACUUCCUCCUCAACAAAGAUCGAUGUGGGGAUUUCUGGGUAGAUGAGAAGGAGACACACCAGCUAUUAGCUACUAGCUGCAUACAGUUGAUGUCCCAGACACUGAAGAAGGAUGUUUGCGAAAUGCAUGCUCCUGGUAGUCAAGCCAGCCAAGUUGAGAGUAGUUGUAUUCAGAAAUGCCUUCCGCCCGACGUUCAAUACGCAUGCCUCUACUGGGUUCAGCAUCUGCAAAAGAGUAGUUCUCAAGCUUCCGACGGCGAGGAAGCCCACCGAUUUCUGCAGGCUCAUCUACUACACUGGCUUGAGGCGCUUGGGUGGAUGGGCAAGACCUCAGAAGGGAUUCAAGCAAUAUUAUCCUUAGAAGCCCACGUUUCAGCUAUUGAAAGCCCCGAUUUGCACGCAUUUAUCUAUGACGCAAAGCGAUUUGCUUUACACAAUCGAUUAGUGAUUGAACAAGCACCCCUUCAAUUGUAUUGCUCAGCCCUUGUCUUUGCCCCAAAGAAAAGUAUUGUCCGAAAGACAUUUGAGAAGUGUAUCCCGUGUUGGAUUCAACAGAGACCUAAAGUCCAAGAGCAUUGGGAUACUUUGCUGCAAACGCUCGAGGGCCAUUUAGACUCGGUCACGUCAGUGGCCUUCUCCCCCGACAGCAAGCAGGUCGUCUCUGGCUCUUACGACGCGACCAUCCGGCUCUGGGAUGCCGCGACAGGAGCAGCGCUGCAGACGCUCAAGGGGCAUACUAACUUAGUCACAUCCGUCGCCUUCUCCCCUAACGGCAAGCAGGUCGUCUCUGGCUCUGACGACAAGACGGUCCGGCUCUGGGAUGCCGCGACAGGAGCAGCGCUGCAAACGCUCGAGGGCCAUUCAGACUGGGUCAGGUCAGUGGCCUUCUCCCCUAACGGCAAGCAAGUCGUCUCUGGCUCUGACGACGAGACUAUCCGGCUCUGGGAUGCCGCGACAGGAGCACCGCUGCAAACGCUCGAGGGCCAUUUAACUUGGGCCAGCUCCGUCGCCUUCUCCCCUGACGGCAAGCAACUCGUCUUUGGCGCUGGGGAUCGGACAGUGCGGCUCUGGGACGUCGCCACAAGGAAGCGGCUGCAGACGCUCAAGGGCCAUACUAACUUAGUCACAUCCGUCGCCUUCUCCCCCGACGGCAAGCAGGUCGUCUCUAGCUCGGAGGAUCAGACAGUGCGGCUCUGGGACGCUGCCACAGGGAAGCGGCUGCAGACGCUCGAGGGCCAUACUGGCAGCGUCACGUCCGUCGCCUUCUCCCCUGACGGCAAGCUAUUGCCAAUCUUACAAGUAUUUAAUCAUUGGGUAAUAGAAAACGAUAUAAAUAUUCUUUGGCUGCCUCCUAAUUAUCGGGGAACUUGUUUAGCUACUUGGAACAGAAGUCUUGCUAUAGGGCAUUCAUCUAGAAGAAUUUCAUUCUUUUGCUUUACAAAGGGAACAAAGCUUGUUAUAUAA